UUCGUCACAAAUUAUACUCACUAAGAAAACCAACAUGAAUUUGUACAAUGGAAACGCUCUAGCAAUUAAUAUACCGUUCAAUCAGGGCGGUCAUUAUGACCCUUUGAAGAGAGCUGGGGACUUCAAGUCACGGACAUUGUCGAAGGAGGUUCGCCACCAACAAUGGGUCUCAUCAAAAACCUCUGUCUCAAAUUGUCCUACACAAAAGCUAUUGACCGAUCAAGUGGAAGACUGGAGACGAUUUUCUUUGAGAAUUAUUACAGAAUCGCAUAUAUGGCAGGUAUGUCUACUGCAGAUGACAAUAUAGGCUACCUGGUGUACAGUAACACUGUGAAGCUGAUGAUAGUACUGCUCGUAUUCGGAGUGGUAUGGUACGGGUUCAUGGAAACAACGAGUUUCGAUGAAUUCGCUGGGAACCUCAAUGUGUCCCUCUUACAAUUUAUCACGUUUUAUAGAUACAGGAAUAUGUUGGCACACGAAAAGUUUUACAAGGAACUGGCCAGUUCUAUGGAAUCCCCGUACUUCGAUAUAUCAACGGAGCAAAGGAAAAAAUUGGUGGAAUUUUGGAGCCGUACGAACGUGAAGUAUCUAAAAUUACUUAUGGGUUUGGGAAACUGCACUCUUGUGGCUUGUCACGCGAUGAAUCUCCGCGACACACUAAGUGGGCCAUUGUUGGGACAGCUGGCAGCCAGUGGCGUGCUCAUUUGCUUCAUCGGAUAUCAGGCCACUGCGACCAUAGGACAAAGCGUGGUAGCAUGUAUGACGAGUUUCUUAUUCCUGGCGUACAAUCUGUUCGACUUCUACAUGAUAUGUCGCUGGUGUCAAGAAAUUACUAACCAGAGUGCUAAUGUCGGUGAAGCCAUUUACUGCUCAGGGUGGGAGUGCGGAGUCUCCAAGCUGCCCGGAGUGCGGUCUACUAUCAUGUUCGUGAUAGCGAGGGCCAACAAACCUCUCGUCCUCACCGCGGGAGGGAUGUACGACCUCUCCCUCACAUCUUAUACAAGUAGAGACACGCCCAGUGUCUACAACUGCAUGGCAACUGUUUCCACUGCACAAUGUCUGUCCACGUCAGACGACUAUGUUCUCUACACCAUGUACAGCAGUUUCAUAAGAAUAAUAUCUGCUCUUGUAGUCUGGUUUGAGAUUUGGAGUGUGUUGGGGAAUACUGAUGUAAGCCUGGACCAGAUUAUAUCCAGCGUCAAUGUUAUCUUUAUACAUUUGGUCACUUUUUGGAAACUUGUGACUGUGGUAAAAAACAAGAGAAUUUUCAAGAAACUAGCUAAAGCUUUGGAAUCUUCAAAUUUCGACAUGUCUACUGAAAGGAGAAAGGGUAUUGUCAACGAUUGGAUACUCAUUAAUAACAAGUAUUUAAAAGUGGUCCUUACGCUGGGUUGCUUAACUUUGAUCGUCUGGGAAUCGUACCCAAUGAUCGAUGAGUUGAAGUUCAAUUUAAUGGUGGACGUGAAACUCCCUUUUGAGUAUCAAAGCCUACUGACAUAUAUGGUGACGUAUACAGCAGUGGCCAUAAUGUUCGCGUAUGCGUCGCUCAUGGUGAUAAUAUCUGAGUUGAUGAUGCAAGCUCACUUGAUACGCCUCAUCUGCCAGUUCGAUGUGCUGGCUGACUGCUUUGAGAAUAUCUUUGAAGAGUGUGCUGAGGAAUUUCCAGAUUUAAAGAAACACGAGCUAGUAAAAGAUAAGACGUUCGUUGAUAAAUACGUAAAGAGACUUGGAGAUUUAGUGGCACAACAUCGAGAGAUUCUGGAUUGGUGAAAGCUUCGUAUAGUGCUUUGAACAUUCUUCUCACUAUGAGCCACGAGUGAUCG